GGGCGUCGGGGCUGUGAGCGGAGCACCGGGGAGAUUCGGGCUGAGAGGACCCAGCCAGCUGCGGGGACUGUGGGGGGAGCGGGGCUGAAGGGGUGGAUCAGGCCCGUGCAGGGGCUCUUGGCAGCCCAUCAGAGCCCUGUUGAUGCCUGUUGGGCAGGUGGCCGGCCUGGGCAACUACGGUCUGUGUGGGACGCGGCACAGCGUGGGCAUGGUGGUGCUGGACAGGCUGGCCCGGCAGCUGGCAGUGGCUGAUGGCUGGCGAGUGGACAGGCGGUGCUGCGCCGACGUGGCCCUGGCCACGUCCCACGGCCUGGAGUUGGUGCUGCUCAAGCCGCGGAGGUUCAUGAACCUCAACGGGCUCAGCGUCGCCAGUGCCGCUGAGAUCUACAACCUUGGCCCAGAAGACAUUUACCUGGUUCACGAUGACCUGGACAAGGCCCUGGGCAAGGUGGCGAUCAAGCUGGGAGGCAGCGCAAGGGGACACAACGGGGUCCAGUCCUGCAUCAGUGCUUUGCACUCCAGUGAUAUGACCCGGCUCCGGGUCGGCAUCGGGCGGCCAGAGGGUGCAGUGACAGUGUCCAGCUACGUCCUGGCUCCAUUCAGCACUGAGGAGCAGGAGAAGCUGGAGCAGGUCCUGGCCCAGGCAGUGACCUGCCUUCUGGAGCACAUCCAGAGCCGAGUGCCUGCAGGAGACAGGGGCUGAAAGGAACCCCUGGGGACCUGCGUGGCCCAUGGACAGAGCACUGUGGCUCUCCAGAGGGACCGUGGUGCGGAGCAGAGCUGGCCCUGCCAGGCUCUGGGACAGCCCCCUCUGUCCCAGCACAGAUCUGGGCAGCUCAUGUCCCACUGAGAUCACUGCGAUGGCUCCACAGCAGUUUGGCACAGAAUUUAAAUAAAUCUUUGCCCCAA